UCAUUGUUUUGCGCAUUAAAUGUUUGUAAACGAGUCAUCUUGCAUUGAAUAAAUAUCUGAGAUAAACACUUGUUACAUUUUCUACCUAAAAGUAUAACUGUAACCAUGUCGAUCGUUAGUGAUGAUGAGUGGUCCCUCUAUAAGAAUAUGCACAAUAAGAAAUAUGUCGGAGAUGAAGAUCAAAUGCGUCGUUCGUUAUAUGAGAAAGCUAAGGCCAAAAUGGUGGAGCAUAAUAAGAAAUACGACAGCGGAGAAGUAACUUGGAAAAUGGGCAUUAACCAUAUGACCGACUUUACUCCGGAGGAAUAUGCUUGUAGAUGUGGAUCUAAAGCACCCAAAUAACGAACCUCACGUACACAACAUUUGUCCUAAAUAAAAAUAUAUUCUAUGUAUCAUA